AUGCGACACGUGUGUAAACGUGAGAGAGCGGAGACCUAUAUGACGUCAUACAACCAGGCUUUUCUGUGUCAGGAGAGGUACACCACGAGUUGUGGACACCUGGACUGGAGACGGUGCACGCGCUAUAGAGUACAGACCUGUUAUACUCCACGAGAAAGGUACGCCAUUAAGUAUCACGUGGUCGAGACAUGCUGCCCCGGAUGGAGCGAUGAUGGAACUGGCGCCUGCGCCAUCGCAAACUGUGGAGGAGUAUGUCAGAACGAGGGGAGGUGCUCCGAUGUGGCGGGAACGCCCACAUGUGUCUGUCAAGAAGGUUACUAUGGUGACAACUGUCAGCAUGAGAAAAAUAACUGGGAGGGAUGGCAGACGAUCGUGUUGUGUUCGUGUGGAAUUCUUGUUGUUGUAACAAUAGCCAUAGCCGUGUGUGUUUUCCUACGUUUCAAAAAAAUGAAGACGAACAAGAGAAUCGGUCCCUCUACUGGAUCUCGACAUCCGGACCCUGGAUCGAUCACCAGAACAAUUCCGUCUUUUACUAUUCCUUAUGGACUUCCUAUACACACUAUCAGAGAACAGGGUGUUACAUAUCCAUCUUGUGUGAUGCAAUCCUCUGCUGAUUUUGCCUUUACACAUCCAUAUACCGUCCAUCCCUCUGCUCCAAUGGAGAGCUCCGAUACAUGA